AUGGGUCGAGAUUUCCUCAAGUUCUUGUCCACGAGGCGCAGGGUCCACCAGAGGUCGGCUAGCGACUUGAUCGCCUUCCUCGAGGCUGGGGAGUACCGGAAUUCAGUCCGCCCCGACGGUGGCUACAGCGGCUUCGACUGCCUGGACGACAAGCAGCUCAUGUCCAUGUUCUCAGAAGACGGGAGCACGACCGUCACGGUUGCCACGCUGCCGCCCUGGGCCUCCUCCUCCUCCGGCCCAUCCAAGCCAUCACAUCAGAACAGCAACAACGAAGAGAUCAAGCCAGCCCCGGCAAAUGCGGACCCCGUGAUGCGACGGCAAUCACCUAAAACUGAACCUGGAACUUUGGAGGCGGGUGGUUCGUGCAAGGCAGAGUCGGAUGCGGGCAAGGCCGCUCAAGCUUCCUCCAAUGCCAAUGCCAUUAUCGACCUGAAACGGGAUUUUGGCAAAUCGGCAAUCUGCUCAGCGGUCGAGGGUGAGGAAAUUGCAGUACACUUCGGAGCUGGAACGGAGCGUAACCACAUUGCAGUAAACGUAGGAGCUACAGCGUAUGUGCAAAGCGAAGUAUCGGCGUUGUCGCCCCGAGUCGCGUUCCUGGAUCAUCAACGCCUGAUUCUGAACGUGGACAAUAGCGCUCUCAAGCAACGGAUCACCGCCUUGGCUCAAGACAAGAUUUUCAAAGACGCUCAUCAAGAAGCACCGAAGAAGGAAAAAGAGAGAUUGAGGCGGGUGUGUCAGCAGCAAAGUGUCAAGAAGACGGCCGACGUGACGCCUACCACCAAUCCAUCUUCGCCGCCACGAGAUCCACCGGAGACAUCCGACAACAACGGAUCGAAGGAUAAGGACCAAAUCCUCGACCAUGAAUAUUGA